CGGUAGUCAUUCGGCCGCGCGCCGCGUUGGCGUUCGUAUCGCGCGUCACCAUGGAUUGUGCUCUGUGACAGUGCUAAGUGUUUGUGACUCGUGAAAGCAUGAUGCCUCUCGCACCGACCCCUGUGCUGGCGGUGCCGUCCAAGCCGAAGAUCGGUUUCAGCAUAGACAGUAUAGUGGGUGGCGGGCCGCCGAAGCACGCGUCGCCGCCGCUCGCGAGUCCGGGGUCUCCGUCGCCGGUGGCGUCUCCUAGGACGCCUAGGAGCCCGUCUCCUAGGCCCCUGUUGCGGCCUAGCGCGUUGCCCGCAGUGUUUCCGUCGCCCGAGUUGAAGAGGCUGCCUUAUUUGGAAGCGCAGAGUCAUCACCAGCAGUUCUUAGCGCACUUCCAGGGCGCAGCACUGGCGGCUGCCCUCGCGCACCAGCAGCAAGGGUUCGGCGCGCCGCUGCCCCCGCACCCCCCGCCGCACCCCGCGCCUGUACCGCGAGAGUCCUACCAGCUCUACCCCUGGCUUAUCAACAGACAUGGAAGGAUAUUUCCGCAUAGGUUUCCUGGGGGUCCAGACAUCCCCGGGUUCCUGCUGCAGCCGUUCCGCAAACCGAAACGCAUCAGAACAGCCUUCAGCCCCUCACAACUCCUUAAGCUCGAGCACGCCUUCGAGAAGAACCACUACGUAGUCGGCGCGGAGAGGAAACAGCUCGCACAAGCACUCAGCCUUACAGAGACUCAGGUAAAGGUGUGGUUCCAAAAUAGAAGAACGAAACAUAAACGUAUGCAGCAAGAGGAAGAGGCCAAAACGGGAACCAAAUCUGGUUCCUCGAGCAAACCAGACGAACAGUUCAACAACUCGUAUGAAGAUGACGAGGAACUCAUCGAUAUGGACAUGGACGAACUAAGUGAGAGUGAAAACGAAACGUAGGAGUGACAUAGACAAUCGAGUGUAAAUAUCUAUCGAUAGAUUCUAUUUAUUUAUUAUAGUUUUUGUAAAUAGCUUAGCGGUAAGUAAGUAUUUAUUACGGUAAUCGAAUCCAAUGAAUGUUUAGAGUGUAGAUUAAUUUUUAAAUUAACUACCUAAUACAGCAAACAUUGGUAAAAAAGUAGAGUAACGAGUUCUAAACGCGCCCCAAAUGAAGUUCUAACAAUCAUCGUUGUCUCGACUCAUAAAUCAUCAUAUAAAGCGUCCAUUAUAAUUAAAUGAAGGAAACCCAAAUUUUAAAACGGUUUCAAAACGCCUUGUUAGCCACGAGUUAUUACAUAACAUAAUUGGUCCCAUUAUAAUAGUUUUGGGACUAAAUUAAUUAAAAAUGCCUCUUUGAUGCGUGCUCCAGUGAUGUGGGUAUAAUUAGGAGGUUAGAUUUCGAGCGCUGAUACGUAUGUUUCUAAACGAAGGCUGUCAAUGAUAGAAAAGGAUAGUCUCGCUUCACAAACGCCGGAGCGAGAUAAAUAUAGUUUUGUGAUGACGUUUGAGAUUAGCGUUGGUCUGUGGGUCUAUUAUUAAGAGAUGCGUUCAGAAACAUAUCUUGGGCUCGAAUCGCGUUUCGUAAUUGCUCGCGACGCGCCCAAAUUGUUUUUAAACAGUUGACGAUUGUUCUCCACGGCUAUUUGUCUAUGGUCUGAUACGAUCGGAUUGGCUCGUUAGGCUUUCACGCGUCGCACACCUGCUUUAAUUUUGAAUUUGGAAUCGACAACGUGUUAGGAAUUUAAAUUAAUUUGUUCCAAUUAAAGAUUGAAGCCUCGUUUGAGAUAAGUGGAGCGUUUUGGUUCUUGUAACUAAAACAAGAUUCUUUCCAAAUUAAGAGCCCAUCAAUGUGGACACUAGUGCCACUGCCAAAUAAUCGUGAUUACCUAUUAAAAUUUAACUAAAGAUGUUUAAAAAAGGGGACCGCUACGUACUGUGGCUUGUAUUUAAUUAUCUUUUGAAUACAUCAAACUAGUUUUUAUGUUGCUGGAUUCGUCAAUCUAUGCGUCCAAAGUAAAAACUGCCAUUUUUGUUUUGUGUUCAUAGAUCGACGAAUCCAGUAACUUAAAAACUAGUUUGAUGUAUGAUCAAAAGAUACUUAAAUACAAACUACAGUACGUAGCGGCCCCCUUUUUUAAAUAUCUUUCGUUAAAUUUAAAUAAUCACGAUUAUUUAGCAGUGGCGCUAGUGAGCACGUUGAUGGGCUCUUAAUUCUGAAAGCAGACAUUUAACUAUAAUUUGUGUAACUGAAAGUGAUCGUAUAAAAUGACAAGUUUUAUUAUUGAUUUUCUAGUUGUCAAGGGGUUUCAACAUAUUUUUUAUCAAUUAUUCUUUUUUUUUAAACUUAUCGAAGUAAAAUUAUGGUCCUGCCUGUCACGGAACUUACCAUAGCAACUCUAGGCUCUUUAAUUAUGGGUGAAUCUCAAAAUGAUUACAAAAAUUUUACGUCUGUUUGACACUUUAUUCUAACAUUAUUUAAACUAUUUCUCUUAAUAUAUAUUUCGGUACGAAAUAGGACUCAUCAUUUCCUUCAUCUAUCCCCCAUUCUUUUUCAUAAUUUAUAGACAAUGACAUCUAGACUUUUAACUGUUCACAUUUUUUUGCAGACCAUCCUUAUUAUAGGUAAGAAAGCCUUUAUGAAUUUGUGCAGUAUUUCCCUCGCUAAUCUGAUAUUCACUUUAUGCCGCAAUUAAAGGCGGAGUUAAUGAGUCGUUUAAUUGGCAUUGUUCGCGACAAUUAGCCCGGGAUUAAGGGACAAGCGUGCUAGGUCACCACGUUGCUCUUAUACCUACAUAGGUAUAUUAUACAUAUCACUUGUACACUGUACUUACUUAACCAUGCAGCUAAGCAACCGAAAGCUACAAAGAUUACGUAUCGGUGUCCAUAAAACAUCAUUCAACCAAUAAGAGACACUUUUCAUUUACAUGUCAGGAGACCUCGUAGCAUAUACCCGUUUACGUGGUUAUCACACUGAGGACAGUAAUAAGGACCUAACCUCCAGCAUCGAAAAAUCGUUAUCAGCCUGAAUAUCGUUCGAAUUUAUUCCACCUCACAUAUUUGUAUUUAACGGUAGAUAAGUAACCAUAUAUAAAAAAGCGACAUCUGUUUUUUUACAUGCAUUGUAAUAUAAUAUGCCUUAAUGAAAUUUAAAGAUAAAGAUGAAGAGUAGAUAUUUUGCUGCUUAAGUAAAUGAUAAAAGAAGUUAGCUCUGGCAUUUAGAAAAAAUACAAAAACUGAAUUGAUCAAAUUUUUUUUAUAUAAUUAUCCAACUUGCUCCAAAAAUUCACGAGAAUCGGUUGAGAAAUACCUGUAGAGGAGAACAACAGCCAGCCGAACAAAUAUAAGGAAGCCUUUUUGCCCAAGCUAAAUGGAAACGCUUCGUUCCAAGUUUAGUAGCAGCCUCCCUGGUCACCACAGUAAUGGAUUACAAGGUUAAUUUGUAUUUCCCCUUUGUUCCGUCUUUACGAGCUCACUUACCACGCGAGCGGCUGUUUCAUGCUCGAGCCUUAAAAAGGUUGCUGACCUGAGAGAAACAUUACAACAAUGUUUGACAUUUCAAACAACAGAAGAUGCAAGAUUUUAAAUAAGAAAGGGAAAUACGGAUCUAAUAAUUGUCAUACUUAGCAGGAAAUAAAUACCAUAGUUUAGUGCAUAGUUUGAAAACUUGGAAAAAAAUGUUCCUGCCUAUAUAGUGCACACUCCCUACAAUCAUAAAUUACUGGCAAUCAAUACUCGAACAAUUAAAAACCACGGAAAAUCGUAAAACGCGGACAUGGUCGCUAAUCGGAAUCACUUAAUGAAGAAAAUCGAUAAUUAAAAUCGACUAACAGUUAAUCGACUUGAAAAUGGAAUGCUGAUUCCAUUCAAAAUGGCGGGAUCGUUAAUACGGGAAUAGCUUUAGCUAUGUCAUAUCUUGCUCUAUAGAUUGACAGCGAAAUUGAUCUUAAACUUGUUGUGUUAAGAUUGAAAUCUGAAUGAUAGGCUAAGAUGAGAUGAGAGGUAUUUGAACUAAUGCUUUGCUAAUUGUUUCAUAGGUUAUGAUUGAUCGAAUGUGUGCCGGAUUGAGAAACGUAAUAGGAAAGGAUAUAUAUAAUUGUGAAGCUAAUUGCAUAAUUGGUAAACGAAAACUCUUGGUAAUUGUAAUUGUUAUUAUUGGUAUAAUUAGUUAAAUAAUGGUACUUAUCUAAUUGUGUAAUACGAAUGAAUGUAGGUAUUACAUACAUUGCGAGACGCUAUAAGUACCUAGUUAUACUCUUAUUUUGAAAAGAAAAAAACCAGGAGCUCUUUUUUUUUUUCAUUGUUGUCUUUAAAUAAAUAAAAUUCAAUUCAAUUCAAUUAACCUAUUUACCCACAUCACUAGUUAUUGUAAUUAUGUUAUUUAAUUUCUUAUUUUACAAAUGACCACUUAUUGUUUGAUUAGGAUUACUAUAGUUACUUUUGUACCGGUCACCAUAAUUGAUGCUUAAAUUAUCACCCACGCCAAACAAAAUAGUUUUUUCCAAAUAUUUUUCCCUUUUUGUUCUGUCAGAUAUUAAAUAUAGAGUUGAUUCUACUUAAUAUAAAUGGUUGUGUGUGUUUUAAAGUAAGUAGAUUCAUGCCUUGCCGUGGAUCGUGGAAUAUAACAUUCCUAAAUAAAUGCAUUCAUCGGAUUCGAUCACCUAAAUUAAAUGUCGAUUGAAAUUUUAUCAAAACAUGGCUUACAAUUAUUUGGAAAGAUGAUAUCCGUUGGUAGUAAUUAGUGAUAUCGUUCAAUGGCUCAAUAACUAAAUAUUUAACUAAUAAUAAGACAGUUCCUUUAGUAUAAUAUAUGUGAGAAUGGCUAAACUUUGUUUACAUCCAGUAUUAUUGUCUACUUAUGAAAAUAAUAUUUAAAAUCAAAUGCCCUUCCAAAAUCUCAAAAUAUUGUAUGAAAUAUUUUUCGUCAGAUUUCGAUAGAAUUUGAUGGAUAGAUAGAGUUCCCAAUUAUGUACAAAAUAAGCGCAAUUACACCGUAACUUUAAAUAAAUCUUCCACCAAGUUACGAAAAAGUUUUCGUAACUCUACGGAAAAUUACUAAAGUACUUGAAAUUUAUUGGGACAUUUUGUGAUUUCGUAUUUAUCCCGGUCGUGAUUAGGAGCUCUUCAAACCACCGAUUCAGAUUCUGGUACACUUUUUUAUUAUUAUACGCUGGUAAAUAUGAUGCCCUUGUAUUGUAUUCACAAACAAAGAAUUCUAAUUUAGACAGCCCUUUAGUUUUUAUAAUGGUUCUCGACUCAAAAAUCUACUUGUUAACAUUUGUCUACAGUCGCCAUCAGAUAUAUCGGAGCGGCCAAGGUGCUCACAAACAUCUGAGCACGCCUCUAUUGUCAAGGCGUUAGAGUGCAUGUUCAGAUAUUGUGAACGCCUUGGCCGCUCCGAUAUAUCUGAUGGCGACUGUAUCAUAAAGUCCUGAACACAGAAAAUAUGAAAUUUUCUUACAACUCUGCAAUUCUAGGCUAAUGUAUCCAUGUAGUUGGAUAAAGUCCGUCGGAGAACUUUUAUGGAAGUUGAAAAAUUUGGUCUGUGGGCAUUUUCGUUUUAACCAAUGUUUAAUUCAUGACUGACUGUUUGUUAGGUGACAUUUAUGCGAUUUGUCUAAUAGAUAUUGUUUCUUUUUGCUUUUAAGGCCCAAAACUGGCCGGUAAAAACAAAGAUAAUGAAAAUGCCCCUGUGACUUUGUAGUCAAAACUAUGUUGUUGUAUUUAUUAUUAUUUAUAUACUCUCUAUGUUUUAGAUACUUUAAAUACCUUUGUCACAAAACUUAUUCUAAAUGUUACUUUAAAUCAGAAUAUAUUAUGCAUUAAACAUAAAAUGCCGAAAUGUAUUAAUAAACAAUAAUAAUGUUAUUUUGCUGAAUCGUUAAUAUCAAAAAUACUAUAUAACUUAGCUGUGAUUAUGUAUGUAUGAGAAACUGUGUUUGAUAUUGGGCUCAUCCAUGCUCAUGGCGUGUACCGAACUAAUGAUAUUAUUAUGAUGUUUCGAUUCGAUGUCCCAUUUUGUUGUUUUGUAUCGAAUUGGUGUAAUGAAAUUUUCUUCAUUAAUUUUGGGUCAGCUUUGUACCUAACAAUAAUCUAUUUAUUUCCUUGGUACUUAAACUUAAUAUAAACGAAUAUCUAUAGAUGAGUAGAUGUAAAUCUCCUAAUACGGUUGUUCCUUCUGUCAUCUUACGCCAUAGACUCCAAUUGUAAAUAAAAUUAGACAUAAAUUGUACAUUUUAUUUUAAUUUAACUAGCGUUGUACAUACUGAGUGGUAGAAUAAAUGUUUCUAUAUAGCGUAGGCUAUGUUAAGUAUAUGUGUGUAUAUUCGGCUAACACUUUUCUCCGCGACUGUCCAGUGAAGGUUUCUUUUCGUGACUGUACGAGAGUGUACCUAAUUUAAAAGACGAGUGAUAUAAAAUAUAUGUUUUUACUCAUUUAA